AAAGACUUGACUUGAAAUUAUUUAUUUUCAGUCUUAAGUCACCGUUUGAUCGAAACAUUUAUUCAUUGAAAACACUACCAGUGCUACUAAAAUGUCUUUCCAAAUUAAAAACCUAUUCUCCCGUUUAUACAAAACGGCAUUUGAUAUAAUAUUAUACACAUUAAUAUUCGCCACAAUUUUAGCGUUACUUCCAAACCAUUUGUUUGUCAACUUUCCGAUUGAGCCGAAGAGUUAUGAAUUAGUGGUUCCCGAGAAAGUGGACAACUGGAACAAUGACUUAGUCGACAAAAGUGAGCUCUUGUUGAAAGGAGUAGUCAUAGGACCAGAAUCUUUGGCCAUUAAAGACAACUUCAUAUACACGGGUCUCGCAGAUGGAAGACUCGUUGAGAUCAAUAAGAAGACACUUAAGACCAGAGAUAUAUCCCGUUUUGGAACUAAACUUCUUUGCAAAACUGAAGACAUCGCUGAUUGCGGACGAGUUCUUGGCGUUCGGUUCCAUAAUGACGGCCAUCUCUAUGUCAUUGAUUAUGUGAACGGAUUGUUUCGCGUCAAUGUGACCACUGGUGUCAAGGAGUUGAUUGACUUUAAGAACCCAGAAAUCAAAGGAUUUUAUGAUGACCUCGAAUUUGAUCCCAAACUUAAUAUCGUCUAUAUUUCAAUCCUAACCUCCAAAUGGCAAUUAAAUCAAGUGAUGUACGGGUUGCUUGACUAUGAUGAUACGGGAUAUGUUUUUGCUUAUAACUUUGAUACCAAAACAAGUGUUAAACUAAGAACUGGAAUACGAUUUGCAAAUGGACUUCAAUUAAGUGCCGACAAGAAGUAUCUAUUAGUGGCCGAAACCCAAAAUCUGAGAAUUUCCAAGAUUUCACUGCAAACUAUUCAUAAGGCUAUCAAAGCUAACCGACAAUUAACUGACACUGAAUACGAAGUUUUUGCUACACUUCCCGGAGAACCCGAUAAUAUCAGACUCGACCCGAACGGCGAUGUAUUGGUGGGAAUGUUUGCCGUCAGACAUAACGGCAAAGUAGGCUUUGAUUACCUCACCUCAUGGCCAUUGAUUAGCAAAGGAGUCGCCCGAACAAUGUAUGUGUUAUCACUUGCUAUCACUGCCAUCAACGAUAACACCAUCGGAAGCAGUGGUUUGAGAGCCAUUGCAAUUGAUUUAUACACGGGUCAGGCACUCGGCAAGUAUUUGCCCACAACUGGGGCUGUCAUCAAAUUGGACGGAAAGACAGGUCAAAUAAAACAAAUUUUGGGCUCAAAUAAGUUUAAUGGAGUGACAGAAGCAGUGGUUGAUAACAACGGCGAUCUCUAUUUCGGUUCAUUUCACAGUCCAUUCUUAGGCCGAAUUAAAAAAGGAAACUUU